AUGGAUUUUCCGGACAACUUCACCAACUCCUCCAUCGACAUCCCCACCCCUUCCGAGUCCAACCUCAGCAUGGGCACAGAAGAGCCGCCCCCCAGCCAGCCCCACCGCUCGGUCUGGAGCGUGCUGGCCCUCACCCUCCUGGGCUGCCUAGUGGCAGCCACGUUCGCCUGGAACCUCAUGGUGCUGGCGACCAUUGCCCGGGUGCGCACGUUCCACCGCGUGCCGCACAACCUGGUGGCGUCCCUGGCCGUCUCCGAUGUGCUGGUGGCCGCGCUGGUGAUGCCGCUGAGCCUGGUGCAUGAGCUGGCCGGCCGGCACUGGCACCUGGGUCAGCGGCUGUGCCAGGUCUGGGUGGUGAGUGACGUGCUCUGCUGCACCGCCAGCAUCUGGAACGUCACGGCCAUCGCGCUGGACCGCUAUUGGUCCAUCACGCGCCACCUCGACUACACCCUGCGCGUGCGCAGGCGCGUCUGCGCCGCCCUUCUGGUGGUGACGUGGGUGGUCUCCGCCGUCAUCGCGCUGGCGCCGCUGGUCUUCGGCUGGGGGGAGCUGUACUACGAGGAGGAGCAGGUGUGCCAGGUGAGCCGGGAGCUCUCCUACACCCUGUUCUCCACCGUGAGUGCCUUCUUCCUGCCGCUCUUCGUGGUGCUCUUCGUCUAUUGCCGCAUCUACAGGGCCGCCAAAUGCCGCGCUGCAUUCCGCAAGAACAACUGCGUGCGCCCCACGGCGGAAGCCGGGAAGGAAGAGAAGAAGGAAGAAGAGAAGGAAGAAGAUAAGGAAGAGGAGAAGGAAGAGGAGAAGGAAGAAGAGGAGGAAGAGGAGAAGGAAGAAGAGAAGGAAGAGGAGAAGGAAGAGGAGAAGGAAGAAGAGGAGGAAGAGGAGAAGGAAGAAGAGAAGGAAGAGGAGAAGGAAGAAGAGAAGGAAGAGGAGAAGGAAGAGGAGAAGGAAGAAGAGAAGGAAGAGGAGAAGGAAGAGGAGAAGGAAGGGAAGAAGGAAGGGAAGAAGGAAGGGAAGAAGGAAGGGAAGAAGAGGAAGGAGCGUGGAAGUGAGAAGGAAACACCAAAUGCCUGCCUCCGGUUCCUGCUUCGCCUGAGGGUUGGACCUGUGGCUGAGAAGACAGAGUACUCGGCCAGCGACCAGAGGGUCACCAUCCACACGGACGCCGACACCCUGAGGGAGCAGCGGGAGCAGAGGGCGGCCGUGAUGGUGGGCGUGCUGAUCGGCGUGUUUGCGCUCUGCUGGCUGCCCUUCUUCACCACGGAGCUCUUGAGCCCCCUGUGCAACUGCGACGUGCCCACCAUCUGGAAGAGCCUCUUCCUGUGGCUCGGCUACUCCAACUCCUUCUUCAACCCCCUCAUCUACACGGCCUUCAACAAGACCUACAACAGCGCCUUCAAGAACUUGUUCUGCCGCCACUGUUGAGGCCCAGGCCCUGGGGGGUGAAAGAGUUAGUCCUGCCACCCAGUAGAAUCUCCGUUGUCUGUGUCCCCACCCGUGCCCCCUGCCCCACCCCGGUGGAAGACACCUGUCCUUCAGGUUCUCUGCCCCUACCUGCAGGGCCCUCCCCCUCGCUACGGAGGAAGGCAGGCCUCCUUGGUCAGGUGGGGAGAGGCCCCCUUUAGCUAACUCCUCUGCUGCUUCUCUCUCUGCACCCGUCAGCUACUGCCUUGGCUCCCAGAGGGCCUUUUCCUGUCCCCAGCCUGGCUCGGUUGUCAUCCUUGUCUCCGAAGAGUCAGACAAGGCAGGUAAGAGGUGGAACAGCACAGGCAGGCGGAGAACGAAUUUGCACAGCGACUCAGAAGUGAGGAUGGGAUAUCUGGGGGGUCAGGAAACCAUCACCCCAAGUGUCGUGGAGCAGUCCCUGUUGCCCACCUUCCUUCCCACAGCCCUGGUCCAGUGCGCCGUGAUGUUUACUCUGUGUGUCCCCGUAUUUGACCACCAAGUGCCGUGUCUGUAAACUCCUUGGCGUCCGCAGCGGCAUCUGUAAGACCAGUGGAUGUUGACGCCGCAGCUGUGUGCACGCCCGACACACGCACACAGCUGCACACGAGGGGGAAGGCUGCCCUCGGCGAGUUUACCCAGAAAGGCGACCCAGCAACUCGGAACGGGGACUCAAGUCCAGGUCAGAUGGGACUGCCCCCCUUCCCUUUUGAAGCAGCCACUCACAGACUGUCAGGAUGUCCACUGAUGAGGGACAGAACCCGCUGCACUUGCUUCUCGGCUCCCUGUCCUCCGUCCCAAACCUCCUCCGGCGUCGCCGGACUCACCCCUUCACCCUGGAACCAUAAGUUCAGAGGAAAACAACUGUGCUGUGGUUGUUGACUCCUUAACAAAGGGCUACGAUGGCAUAUUCACCGAAUGCGUGCUCUUUAAGGGGAAUAGCAGAAUCAUUUGAUAAGUGCUAUUUUUUUAUUGAUGAGUGCCUGGUUGAGGUCCACACCGGCCACCGAGGUGAAAGGCGGAGAUGGGGGGGGCCCCGUAGGGGCUCGGCCUCCCGCAAGUGGACACCUCGGUACCGCCGGUAGGGCUAGCCCAUUAGGUAAGGAUGCCGUGUUUCCAUGAUGACGUGGAACCCAGGUCAUUGUACAUAACCUUACCAACAACUGCCUCUGCUCUGCUAUGCCCCCUGUAUUCUUGAAUGCAUGUAUUUAAAAAUUCGAUAUUGUGAUACUCUGAGGUGGUGACAGUGCAUUUAGUGACACCUGUGUUCUUUCGUAUGUAGUGAAUCGUAUCAAUAAAGAUUU